AAUCAGUCUUUUAUCAUUCAUUCAUCAGUUUGUUGCAUAUUAAUCCAUCUUUGCCUUCACAGCUGAUGAAAUUUUCAAUUUCAAAUACCAUGUGGGCAUUUUGGACAUCAACAUUAGCAAACAUUUUUCUACUGCUCCAAUUUGUCAUGAGCUUUCCAGCAAUCCACGUUUCACUUUCAGCUGCAAAACAAUUUCAAAAUGAGACUGAUCGCCUUGCUUUGCUUGAAUUCAAGCAUCAGAUAUAUGACGACCCGUUUGGAGUGCUGAAUUCCUGGAACCACUCACAAUACCAUUGCCAGUGGGAAGGAGUCACAUGUAGUACUCGACAUCAAAGGGUCGUAGCCUUGACUCUGAUGGAUAGGCAGUUAUCUGGAACUAUAUCUCCUCACGUCGGAAAUCUAAGCUUCAUGCGGUUCAUCCAGCUUGGGGAGAAUCAAUUCCAUGGUGAGAUUCCCCAAGAAUUCGAUCGACUCUUUAGGCUAAGAGUUUUGAACCUGUCAAGCAACGCACUCGGUGGAAAAAUCCCAGCAAACCUGAGCUACUGCUCACAGAUGAUAACUAUUAUCCUAAACAGGAACAAGCUCGAAGGCAAAAUUCCAAUUGUUCAGCUGAGCAAUUUGAAGAAGCUUGAAAAUUUUCAUCUUGAUACGAACAAUUUGACAGGUGAGAUUCCCUCCUCCAUCGGGAACUUAUCAUCACUGACCACACUUGCUCUAGACUUCAUCAAUCUGGAGGGAAAUUUGCCCAGCGAGAUGGGGCUCUUAAAAAACUUUGCUAUAUUAGCAGCUGGAGGAAAUAAACUAUCUGGUAUAAUCCCUGCCUCUAUCUUUAAUUGUUCAGCCAUUAUUGCCAUUUCAGUACCCACCAAUUCCUUUCAUGGCAAUCUCCCAACCAACAUAGGUCUCACCCUUCCAAAUUUGGAAGGAUUAUAUCUCGGGGCAAACAAAUUUUAUGGAAACUUUCCAACUUCAAUCACCAAUGCUUCUGGGCUUGAGGUACUUGAUCUUUCCAGAAAUAAGUUUGAAGGCCAAAUUCCAGCUAAUUUAGGAGAUCUCACAAAUCUUAUAGUAUUUGAUCUUUAUGAUAAUCUCUUCGGCAGUAAAUCUACCGGAGAUUUAGAUUUUGUUGCAUCAUUGAUCAACUGCAGUAAUCUAAGAUCCCUUUCCUUGAGUGGCAAUGAAUUUGGUGGUAAUAUACCUAAGGUCAUGGCCAAUCUCUCAAAUCAACUGGUUGAAAUGUACUUGGGAGCAAACCAACUGUCGGGAACCAUUCCAGAAGGAUUUGGAAAUUUUGUCAACCUAUAUAUUCUUAGCCUUGAAGAAAACUCUCUUUCUUGGUAAAUUAAAAAUUUUACGUCGUCUGCGGCUGGAUCAUAAUGAAUUUUCAGGACAGAUAGUCUCUACUUUAAGUAACAGCACCACCCUGUACCAUCUGGAUCUAUCAACCAACCAUUUUGAAGGGGGCAAUGUAUUUGACAAUGUUCUUGUGAACUAUCAAAAUUUGCAAUAUCUGGAUAUAUCUCAAAACAACUGCACUGGAAUUAUAUCACCACAUUUUUUGCAGACACAAUCAUCGCUGAUGUAUAUGAUAUUAGGUGAAAAUUCGUUUAGCGGUUCUCUGCCGCCUGAAAUUGGAAAGCUUAUACAUUUGGUGGAUUUCAAUGUUUCCCACAACCACCUUGUUGGAGAUAUACCGUUAUCACUUGCUGAUUGUUCAAAUCUGGAGAAUCUUUCUAUGCAAGCCAAUUUUUUCCAAGGAACAAUUCCACCAAAUUUGGCUUCUUUGAAGAGCAUCCAGCAAUUAGACCUUUCAAGUAAUAACUUGACUGGUCCAAUACCCAGAGAACUUGAGAAGCUUCAGUUUUUGAGCUACUUAAAUCUUUCCUACAAUGACAUUGAGGGUGAGAUACCAAACACAGGGGUUUUCAGGAAUGCAAGUCAAAUAUCAUUGACUGGCAACAACAAACUCUGUGGAGGCAUUCCAGAAUUGGAGUUCCCACCUUGCCCAGUGAUUAAGGGGAAAAACAGAGGAAAGCUGAAGGUUAUCAUAUUGCUGUCCAUUGUUUUACCAGCAACGCUUCUGGUUCUCGGUGCAUUGUUGUUAUAUUUCUUGGUAUAUCAUAAAGGAGAAAGAAGAAUGGUGGCAGGAUUCUCUAGCAUGCCCCCAAGAAUCGAUGAGCUCUUACGGCUUUCUUACCAUGAACUUGUUCAUGCAACUUCUGGAUUUUCUCCAGAAAACUUAAUUGGUUCAGGAAAUUUUGGAGCUGUCUACAAAGGAAGGCUAGAAAAACAUGGCAACAAGCUUGUAGCAGUCAAAGUUCUUGAUCUUCAAAAGAAUGGGGCUUCCAAAAGUUUUAAGGCCGAGUGCAAAGCAUUGAGAAAUAUUCGCCAUAGAAACCUCGUUUCUAUCGUGAGUUAUUGCUCCAGUAUUGAUUCCAAGGGUGAUGAAUGCAAAGCUCUAAUCUAUGAGUUCAUGGAAAAUGGAAAUCUGGACCUGUGGCUGCAUCCUUCAGAGACAACUGAUCAGGCAACAAGCUCAAGAAGUCUUAAUCUUCUUCAGAAGCUAAAUAUUGCAAUUGAUGUGGCUUCAGCAUUGCAAUAUCUUCACGACCACUGCGAAGCUGAGAUUGUUCACUGUGAUCUAAAACCAAGUAACAUUCUUCUUGACAAUGAUCUUGUUGCUCAUGUGGGUGAUUUUGGAUUGGCAAGGCUUCUCCCAAAACCCGUCAACACUUCUUCCGAGCAAAGAACCAGCAGUACUAUUGCCAUAAAAGGAUCAAUCGGUUAUGCAGCUCCAGAGUAUGGAAUGGGUCAUGCAGCAUCAACUCAAGGGGAUGUCUACAGCUACGGCAUUCUUUUGCUAGAAAUGAUUACAGGAAGGAGGCCAACAGAUGAUAUAUUUGUGGGUGACCUUGAUCUGCAUAACUACGUUAAUGGGGCUUUGCAUGAACGAGUUCCUGAGAUCGUGGACCCGUUGCUUCUUUCUGAAGGAAGAGAUGAAAACAGUCGAAUUACUCAUGGAGAGAAAACUAUUAAUGGUGGAAGAGAGAUUGAUUGCAUUAUUUCCCUGCUGAAAAUUGGACUCAAGUGCUCUGCAAGAUUACCAAAUGAUAGGAUGCAUAUGAAUGAAGUUGUCAGAAAAUUACAUCUCAUUAAAGAUGUUUUCCUUGGUGUCAGGGUACAUCAAGAAAAUGUUGAAGCUUAAUAUCUAAGCUGCUUACAGGUCUGAAUCUCCAAGCUGAAGUUGUUAAUGGGGUGAGCUAAUGAAGAAGACACCUUUGGCUUUUUAUUUGAAAA